UCCUGAGCAGUGGGACCAAUGGUGUAAAUAUCUCGCCAGAUUCUGCAGCCACAUCAGAAUCACUAAGUAACGCAGCACCGAAAAGUUCUGACUCCGAAGACAAGGCAAGAGAAUGUCAGAAAAAAAAAUCUAACAACACUUCAGAUGAUGACAGCUGUGAGAAGGCAGAGCUCAAUGCACAGCAAGCAUUUGUGUUUGGGCAAAACCUACGAGAUAGAGUUAAGCUAGGAGAUGAAAGUGAUGAAACGGCUGAUGUGCAGAAUGCAGGCCUGCCAACAUCAGACACACCUUCUGCAACAAAUUAUUUUCUACAAUACAUCAGUUCAAGUCUAGAGAACUCCACAAACAGUGCAGAUGCAUCCAGCAACAAAUUUGUUUUUGGACAGAACAUGAGUGAACGAGUCCUAAGUCCACCAAAAUCAAAUGAUGGUAGUACAGAAAGUAAUAAGGAGAACGCUGCUACAGAGUCUGGGUCUGAAUCAUCAUCUCAGGAAGCCACACCAGAGAAAGCUAAUAAUAUUUCAGAAUCGCUGGCAGAGUCUGCAGCAGCCUAUACUAAAGCAACAGCAAGGAAAUGUUUACUGGCAAAAGUAGAAGUGAUUACUGGGGAGGAAGCUGAAAGUAACGUGUUGCAGAUUCAAUGCAAAUUGUUUGUUUUUGAUAAAAACUCUCAGUCUUGGGUGGAAAGAGGCCGAGGACUUCUGAGACUCAAUGACAUGGCUUCAACAGACGAUGGGACUUUACAGUCUCGACUGGUGAUGAGGACUCAGGGGAGUCUCAGGUUAAUCCUGAACACCAAGCUUUGGGCUCAGAUGCAGAUCGACAAAGCCAGUGAGAAAAGCAUCCGGAUCACAGCCAUGGAUACAGAGGACCAGGGAGUCAAAGUUUUUCUUAUAUCAGCAAGCUCUAAAGAUACAGGGCAGUUGUAUGCUGCAUUACACCAUCGGAUCUUGGCUUUGCGAAGUAGAGUGGAACAAGAGCAAGAGGUCAAGAAUGUAGCACCUGAGCCAGAGGUAACACAAUCAAACGAGGAAGACAGCGAUGAUGAUGUCAUUGCACCCUCAGGAUCCGUCGGAAGUGGUCCUAACGAUGAAGGUGAUGGGCAGAACGUGGGCAGCACAUAGCAGAAGGGAGCCGAUCUGCUUGCAAGGCUGCUAUGAACAUCAUCUUGCAGGCAACUCUCUGGAUACCCCAGGCCAGCUCUUGUUUCAGGCAGUGUUGAAAGCUCCAGGACUUAAGAACUGUGCAUCCCUGUUCUGUUUGUUUGGUUUUUUGGUCUGGAUCAAUAGAUUCCACACACA